UAACAGUGCACACUCAGUGCUGCCUACAGAAGCACAGACUUAAGCAAAUAUUUCACUCCUCAACUGUUUCUGUCCAUCUUCAGAUGAGAGAUCCAGGAGAUAGCAAGACGUGAUCUGGGCCAGCCUGUCUCUGCAGCCAUUAUGUGUGCAGCCAGAUUGAUGUCACAUUAAAAAAAAAACAAAAAAAACACCUCUUCUUAAAGGGAUCUCCAGGAUUCUCACCUGCUAGCAGAGGUUUCCCUCCUAUCUGCUCCUGCUAUUGAAUGAGGACAGAGCAGAAAGCAUGCAGUCAGCCACAGCCUCAGUACUGGAUCUCUCAAGGACUGUCCUGAUCACAGAGGAGAAGACUAACUUGUAUAACAGCACAGGUCAGUGUAAAAAGAUUGUGCCGCCGGAGUCUGGCUCCUUCCACGUUGUGCAUGGAAAUGGCUCUUCGGUGGGAACAGUUAUUAUGUUUCAGUGCUCCUCUUCAUAUCAGUUGGUUGGAGAAGAAUUAACAACCUGUGUCUGGAAAGGAAACAGCACCUUGUGGACAGCCGGGGCUCCUUCUUGUAAACCCUUGUCAAAAUAUGAGACAUUUGGAUUUAAAGUGGCCGUCAUUGCCUCCAUCGUGAGCUGCGCGAUCAUCCUGCUGAUGUCAAUGGCUUUUUUGGUGUGCUGCCUUGUGAAUUGUGUGAAGAAAAGUGAGAGGAGGCGAUCGGAAAGGGACAAGGUCAUGUGGCAUCAAUUAGAAUGUGAGGAACUGGAGAACAUGCAGGCUGCCUACUUUGCAAUGAAAGGAAGAAAUAACAAUAACAACAAGCCAGGGAGCCGGCCGAGGAUUGACGACUGGAUAAAUAUGGCCUAUGAGAACCAGGGAUUUUGUAGAUGCCAAGAUGCCCACAGUAAGGAUCGCAGGGCACCUAAAUGUAGAGAAGGCUAUUGUCGGUAUUGUCACAGUAAAGACCGCUCGAGCAGACCUCUUGUCCCCGGCUCCAGCGUUGCAAUACAAACUAUUAGCGGAAUGCACGUUGUUGAAAUUUAUGGACACGAAAAAGAUACUCAGAGGAGACUUGAACCCCACGUUCCCGAGUAACACCGCGGACUCCAGUAUUUCAGGACUGCUAUUUGUUAUAACUAUGUGCCUUAGGAAUGAAUGGACUUUUGACAUUAAAACAAUAGCGCAAAUUUCCUGGAAAACUUGCCGGAUUUCACAUUAACUGAGAUUUAGAGGAAUUUGUCCCUCAGAUGAGACGAUCCCUAGGAUGUUUUCCUCAACUGCCAUACCAGGUGCAUUACAUAGUGAUCUGCUACUGUACAUAUGUGCAAUGAUAUAUGGAUUCUUGUAAAAUACAACCUUUUCAAUACAGGAAAUUCUUUUAUAGA